CUCUGUUUUUCCCCAAAUUUAAAGUUUUAAACUUUAGAAAAAGUCAAUUGAUAUCUCAUAUCUACCGACACUUUAAAGUCUAUAUUCAAUUUCUCCAUGUUGCGUUUAAUACGCGGCUUAUAGAUUAUAUAGAUCUUUUUUUUUUCUAUAAAUAGAUUAUCAAGUUUUUGGAUUUGUUGUAAUAUUCAGAACAUAUCUAUUUCUUCAUUGUUCAUAUUGGGUACUGAGUUUCUUGGUGUUUAGUGAAAAGGGAAGAUCGAAAAAGGAAAAAAACUACAGUUUAAGUGGGGUUUAUGGAGAAGAUAUGCUGAAGAAUAGUUAGAAGCUGGAAGUAUAAAGUGGCAUGGAAUAUAGAAGUGCAGUAAGAAUAUAGGACACGUUUCAUCGAGAUCUUUUUUCGAGUCAAGUUAUGGACUCCUUAUCCUCCACUGUGGUUCUUUUCAUCUCUUGAUAUAUCUCGGAGAAAUUGAAGGCGCAUUGACGCGCGGACUAUUUUGGAUAGGAAGCGGAAACAACUGUUAUUGCCGGGGAAAGAAGAAGAAAAGAUGGAAAAGGAAGAACAACAUCUCAAAGUCGAGAAAGAGAUAGAAAAGUCUGAUGAUAUGAAGGAGCAAAAGAAAGACAAGAAGGAUAAAGAAAAGAGCAAGGAGAGUGAGGAGGAGUCGGAGGAUGAAACAAAAAAUGUAAAAGAGAAGAAAGACAAGAAGGAGAAAAAAGAGAAAAAGGAUAAAGAAAAGAAGGACAAGAGCAAAGAGAAGUCGGAGGAAGAAACCGAGGAAGAGAAGGAUGAUGAAGAAGGGGAGAAGAAGGAUAAAGAGAAGAAACUUAAGAAGGUUAAGAAAGAGAAAAAGGAAAAAGUGAAGAGCGAGGAGGAGUCGGAGGAAGAAAACGAUGAUGAAAAGGUGGAGAAGAAACUCAAGAUAGUUAAGAUUGAGAAAAAGGAAACGGAGAAGAAAGACAAGAGUAAGGAGGAAACGGAGGAAGAAGAAGAGGAGAAGAAACUCAAGAUAGUUAAGAUUGAGAAAAAGGAAAAAGAGAAGAAAGACAAGAGCAAGGAGGAGUCGGAGGAAGAAACAAAUGACGAAAAAGGGGAGAAGAAAGAGAAAAAGAACAAAGGAGAGAAAGACAAGAUCAAAGAGGAGUCAGAAGAAGAGAAGGAUAUUGAAAAAGGGAAGAAGAAGGAUAAAGAGAAGAAAGACAAGAAAAAAGGGGCAUCAGACGAAGAGAACGAGAGCGAAGAAGAGAAUGAUGAAAAAGUUGUGAAGAAGGAUAAGGAGAAGAAACACAAGAAGGAAAAGAAAAAGGAUAAAGGAAAGAAAGAUAAGAGCAAAGAGGAGUCGGAGGAAGAAGAGAAGGAUGAUGUUAAAGGGAAGAAGAAGGAUAAAGAGAAGAAAGAGAAGAGCAAAGAGUUGUCGGAAGAAGAAGAUAAUGAAGAGAAGGAUGAUAAAGUAGGCAAGAAGAAGGAUAAAGAAAAGAAAGUCAAGGCGAAUGCAGCUGAAGUCGCCACAAGAGAGCUAAAAGUUGAGGAAGACAAGAAAGUAUCCGACGAUGAAGCAGAAGAGAAAAGUAAAAGCAAGAAGAAGGGGAAGGAAGGUAAGGAUGAGAAAGAAAAGGCGAAGGAUGAUAAAGUAGGCAAGAAGAAGGAUAAAGAAAAGAAAGUCAAGGCGAAUGCAGCUGAAGUCGCCACAAGAGAGCUAAAAGUUGAGGAAGACAAGAAAGUAUCCGACGAUGAAGCAGAAGAGAAAAGUAAAAGCAAGAAGAAGGGGAAGGAAGGUAAGGAUGAGAAAGAAAAGGAUUCGAAAAAGGAUAAAGCUGAGAAGAAGAGAAAACUCGAGGACAAAUAUAAAAGCAAAGAUCUGAGUAAGUUGAAAUCCAAGUUGGAUAAGAUCAAUGCCAAACUGGAAGCUCUUCAGCUGAAAAAAGCAGACAUCCUGAAGACAAUAAAAGAAACAGAAGAUAAGAACUUAGCAGUGGUUGAGAGUCCCAAAGAUGCUGAAUCGAAGGCACACGACGAGUAGUCGCUGAACAGUGAGUAGUAUAUUUUCAUAAUACUGUUAUGUAUACUAAUACAGUGUUUGUGUAUCCUUUUCUUCCACUGUCAUGUAGAAAUGUACUACUUGUCUUAAAUAAGUUAAAAAAUAUAGAUGAUAUCUGUAUCAAGUUCUCAUAUAUUUUGACAUUUUGCAAUUCAUCUUAACAAAUUUUCACUUCC